GUGUGUAUGUGUAUGUGUAGAAAGAGUGGGGGGCCCUCUGAGCUAAUUGGCAGUGAGGGUGACAAAGGUGGUCUCCUUCAAAAGAGAUCCUGUUGAGAUGUUCACAUACAGAGGAGAAGGCCGAGGGAGAGGAGGAGUGCAGUGAAGGAGAGUGAUGGGGCUUUCAGAUUUCUGAGUUCAUUUCUUAGCUGUGAUGAUGAUGAUGAUGACGACGGUGGCCGCUGAUGUCUGGUGGACAAGCGAGAGAGGACGGACUGUGUUUCAGGACGCCAUGGACGUAGAAACCAGUGCAGAGGAUGAAUAAAGUGAACAUUGAGGAGAGCAUCAUGUCGUGCCUGUCGCAGAGCGAGACUGACGGCAUCCCCAACGACUUGAACGUGGUGGCCAUGCUCCACAACUUCUGGGAGCAGAAGCAGAAGAGUCCGCCGAGUGAUUCCUUCAGUGAGUCGGACGGUUCUGUUGGACACGCAGCUGUCCACACAGAGAGCUUACUGUUGUACGAAUCUGCUCUGUCCCCUGGUCCACCCUACGUUUGCUAUGUCACGCUUCCGGGAGGAAGCUGCUUUGGUAACUAUAAGGUGUGCGAAACUCAGGCGGAGGCUCGGAGGGACGCCGCGCGCGUGGCUCUGAUGAACUCUCUCGUGAACGAGCUGCCGUGUCGACGCAUCGACGCGCAGUUCAUCGCUCAGAGUUUGCAGCAGGCGACCGCAGACAGUGCUGUCUCAAUAGAAGAUGCCUGUGAUUCAAGCACCAGUAUAGGAACGUACAGCUUCCUCCUCCACUCCUACAUAGGAAGGACGAUGCUGGAGUUCCAGGAGAUGAUGACAGUUUUCCAGCUGUUGCACUGGAACGGGACGCUGAAAGCACUGAGGAAGAAAAAGUAUUCUCGAAAGAGUGUAAUCACCUACUACUCUCAGCGAGGCCUCGACGAGUACAUGCGCAGCAGCAUGGCUCUGGAUUGGCUCGUACGGGAACAGAAGUCACCGGGUCAGCUCGGGGAGGAGCUGCAGGUGGCGCAGAGGGAGCUGGUGCUGGCCAGGCGUCAGGGCGUGGAGCUGCGAUAUCGCAAGGAAAAGACGGAGAUCCUCUCCCUGGCUCUGAGUCAAGUGUACGUGCACGCACCUGAGGCGCCGAGCCAGACGCAGAGUCACACUCACAAACAUGCACAACUUCCUUUACACACGUUCCACAGCCAGAAAACGGAGGUCCAGAUUACACCACCCUGCACCCCGUCAUCGACCCUCCGUAAAAACACAGAAUGUCAAACCUCUGGCAAACACAUGGCCUCCAACAAUCCUUCACCCUGCUCACAGCACACAUAUGGACACGGAGACUGAAGCAGCAUCAAGUACAGAAUUAAAAAUAAAUGAAUGGACUACAAAAGGUACACAUAUUGAGACAUGAUAAACAUGGCUUGGUGGUACUUAACUGCAUUUUUUUAUACUUUAUUUCUACAUUUAUUGAUUAAUUUCUGUAUUUUUACAUGUUUUUUCAUUGUAUUUCUGUCUGUAUGUUCAGGUAUUCACAAAUGUGGAAGCAGAACAAAAUGUCUGCUAAUGUUACACCGGCUCCUGAUUCAUUACAAACACUAAAAAA